GAAAGAUAAAAGAUACGGAUCUCUUGAUUUAUGGUCAAUCUUAGUUCAAAUACCACAUUAACCAGCUCAAGAGCGGUUUAUAGCUACACUGCUGUACGGAAACAGGGCUUUUGAAGAAACUUUACCUAUAGCUGGUUAAUUUCUUCAUUUGGAAUGAAUCACAGAGACUCUAUAAUGGAUCUGAUGUGGCUUUUAUACAUCGCAGCGAAUAUCUGCGCUUUGCUCGCCUCUGCUGAGAGACACACUGUUUUCUGGAAUAGUACCAACUCUAAGUUCCGAUGGGACAACUAUGCGGUUGAGGUACACCUGAACGACUACCUGGACAUCGUUUGUCCUCACUACCCACUGGGCGAAGUGCCGUCACAGGACGCUGAGCGCUACGUGCUCUACAUGGUGGAACGCGAAGACUAUGACACCUGCCGUCCGCAAUCCUACGAUCAGAUGCGUUGGGAAUGCGGCCACCCUUUCGCCCCACACGCGCCCGAGAAGUUCUCCGAGAAGUUCCAGCGCUUCACGCCAUUCACUCUGGGAAAAGAGUUCCGACAGGGCGAGAGCUACUACUACAUCUCCAAACCACUGCACCACCAUGGACAGGAGUGUCUGAGACUCCGGGUGGAUGUAGUUGCUAAUGAUGGUUCUCAAGAAGCCAGGGUUGGCGCAGGAGGCGGAGCCAAGGUGGGCACAGGGGGAGGAGCUCACACACCAUCUAUUCGGUUACCAGCAGAUGAUCCUGUUGUGGCUCUUCCUGAAGUACAGAAAAGCAAGCGGACAAACUCUGCCAUUUCAAUAGCAUCCUGGACUGUCCUCACAACCUUACUCCCCAUUUUAUUAUUACUGGUCUUACAGUGAGAUGAACAUUGGACUAAAUUACACUUACAAAAGACUAUAAUGACAGCGGCCUGUGUUGAUGGAAGCACACAGGGGUAGCUCUUUACAUCCCAGUGCUGGCCAUUGGGAGACGCACGCGUACAGGAAGUGGAGCUCUCACACCGCUGGUGCCGGUGGAGAAGCGUAACUGGAAUGACGAGAUCUUUGAACAUUCUGACACUUCUAAAGAAACAAAAUGAGACGUCAGUAUUUUUCUGGAAAUAUUGUUCAUGCAAAGGGAAUUUUUCUCAUAUAAAUGCCGGACUACACAAAACCUGGAUAAGAACAAACUGAAACGGUAAUGCAGAAUUUGAAAUAGCACGUACUUUAAAUAUGGACAACCCAUUUAUUUGAGUGUCAUAAUGAGGGGACGUAAGCCAAGAUUGAGCCAAAGACCACAGAGCUUCUCACGGAGGAGCAGAGCGAUCAACCCUUUCAUUGUUUUCUCAUGUUUUGUUGAUCCAGAGAAAUAAUUGAG